GUCUGAUCAGUUUUAUCUUCUUCACAUUUCUUUUGCUCUUCUCUCUCUCUCUCUCUCUCUAUAUAUCUUUCUGCGUGUGCGUGUGUUCAGAUCCAGACAUAAGGAGGAGGAGGCUCUUUUGUUCUUAUUCUCCACCCCUCUGAUCUAUACGAGGAGGGUUGCCCAUGCGAGUAAUUGGAUAUUGAACCGUGAUUGUAAUCAGUUUCUCUCAUUGGCGGGUAUUGGUUGUGGGAAAAUAGGAACAAUGGCGUAUAGGGGAGCAUUUUCUGGUGCACAUCAUUCAUCUCUUCUGCUAUAUCCUGGUGUUUCUGUUUGGGAAUGUGUUGUGCGUAAAAUGAGGUAUUCCUGCAGACCUGAGUGGGUGUAGACACUUGCCUGAGAUAUCUUCAUUUAGAAUCUAGUAUUAGUCAUUAGUAUAUAGAUACUGAGAGAAAGACGACAAAUAAAGAAAGCAAAAGCGAUAUACGUUUUAUUGGAUUCAACAAACAAUAGGAUCUUGUAGCCAUCCUUUAGGUUAUAUAAGAUGGAGUGUGUUACAAAAUUUCAACCUAGUGUUAGAAAAGGGAAGAAAAAGCAGGUGAAGGAUGAGUUGGACCGGCUGAAACAGGCAGAGAAGAAAAAGAGGAGACUGGAGAAAGCUCUGGCUACAUCAGCAGCAAUACGAACUGAGCUAGAAAAGAAGAAGGAGAAGAAGAAAGAAGAACAGAAGAGACUUGAUGAAGAGGGUGCUGCAAUUGCAGAAGCGGUUGCAUUGCAUGUUCUGAUAGGAGAAGACUCCGAUAAUGAUGAUGAUGAUUCCAAUGUUGAUGUCUUUUUGGGUGGUGGGAGGAUGGGAGGAAGGGCAAUUCUUCCUUUUCAUAGAUGGGGACCGAAUUCGCAAGGGUUGGGACUGAACAAUGAUUGGUCGGUUCUGCAUCAUCCUCAGCCUAUUAUGGAGAAUCAUCUGUAUCCAGCAUAUGUUGAUGGGAGGAGGAGAAGAGGUUUGGAAGGAGCACAAAUAUCUGCUGGACUCAUUGCUUCACAGGCGGUUGCUUCACUCCAUCUUACGGAAGAUGUUCAUGUCGACAGUUAUUUCUUGAACAGAGUGUUUCAUGGUUAAGAUGAACCAGUUCUCUACAUUUGUCAUUCUCUUUGCUCAUUGUUUUGUGGCAAAUCCUCGUUACUGUUAAACGAUGUGUACAUAGAGAUUGUUUACAUGUUUCCUUCUUGGCAUUGUUUAUUUUGGGAAAAAGUUGCUACUUUUGGUUGUCAAAUGUAAACAAACUCUUUGUGUUCCUAUUGCAGAAUGUUCUAAC